AUUGUAUUAUAUUCAUUUAGCUUUAUAAAAUCAGAUUUUGACACUAACCUUCUCCUCCUUCUUCCUCUUCUUCUUUCUCCUUUGCUUCUCUUUCUCUUCCUCCAUUGAUGACCUUUCACUAGUUUUUCUCUCAAGGACAAGCACUGCUUAAAGUCUCAAGCUUUAAAGCUUUUGGAAGAUACCCACCAAAACAUUUCCUUGGGUUUUGGUUUCAACCAUUUCAGCUUUUAGCUUCAAAAGGGUCAUAGAUGAUAGCCAGCUCCUUCUGCAAUGCUGAUUCUAUGUUCUCAAGAGAAGAGGGGAUGGAUGUUAGAAAGAUGAUGGAACAUAAAAGGAGUCCCUGCUCUGUUGACCAAAGCAGUUACACUUCUAUUGCAUCUAAAAGGCAAAAGGCUGAUUUAUCGAUCAGCUCUAAGGAGAGAAAGGAGAAGAUUGGUGAGCGAAUUGUUGCUCUUCAGCAGCUUGUUUCACCAUAUGGAAAGACAGAUACAUCUUCUGUUCUAAAGGAGGCAAUGGAUUACAUAGGAUUCCUUCAUAAACAAGUUAAGCUGCUAAGUGCUCCAUACCUUGAAAGUUCACCAGCAGUCAAGAUGCAGGGUAUGGAGCCAUGCAGCCUGAGGAGUAGAGGGUUAUGUCUUGUUCCUGUCUCAAUUACAAUGGGAGUUGCUGAGAGCAAUGGUGCAGAUAUCUGGGCUCCCAUUAAGACUACUACUUCGCCUAAGUUUGAGAAUGAUGUCUCGCAAUUUCAUUGACAAAUUUUGUGACCUUUGCAGCCUAAAGGUUGCUAAACCAGUCUAGUAGCAUGAAAAUUUAUCAUCAUACAUCUAGAUGGAAUCAUAGUAGCUAAAAUAGUUAAAUCAUUAAAAGAAACUUUAGUCAAGAAGCUGUCCCACACCUUUAAGAUUUUAAACGGGUGAUGGGGGGUUAAGCUUCCAAGUAGCAUAAUAUGUCUUAAUUCCAUAUGCUGAUUAUUAAGUGUAUAUUUGAAAAAUUCUAGUUGUAUAAUGAUUCCACGUACUGAUUUAGCUUAAUGAAAGUCGUUUCUAGAUUUGAUGAA